CAAUAUCGUCUUUGAAUCUUCUUGUUUAAUCGAGAGCGCGAAUAAGAUCGCGUUUACCUGUAAUUUAAGAAAUUUACGUGACAAUUCGAGACGUUCUUUCGUUUCUUCUAACGUCUUAUUUCGUGCGAGACUCGAACGUGUUCCGAAACUCAUCAAAGCGAAGUGGCGAGGAUAUCCUUCAUUAAUCCUGUCCGGAAAGACAGCAUCUCCGGUACGCCCAUGAAAGAGGCAAAGGUGUCCGUCAGUUGAAUGCCGCCAUUUUCCUAGUGUACGAACGUUCUGUGAUUUUGGUUAAACAAUCGUGUGCCACUGCGCAUACAACGUGUCCCGGCGUGUUGUACGUCCCUGGCUAACUCUACGUUAUGAAUCAGUCACGGAAUUUCACAUCAUUGUUGAACCCGAGUUAUUUACAAAACGCCCAACAAAAUGCUGCGACUGCGAACGCGGCUGCUGCUGCGGCUGCAGCAGCUGCCGCGGUGAGCGCAGCAAUUGCUAACGGAACGCAGCUUAACUCCAAUUCUAAUCCCACGGCGAAUAACACGAGGAAACGCGAAGCGGAAAAUGAUGGUAAACAGGAAAAAGAAACAAAAGAGGAACGCAGGAAGAGGAGAAAGACUAGAUGGAGCGGUAGUGAACAUGACAAAACUUUUAUACCAGGCAUGCCUACAGUUCUACCAACAAACCUGACUCCUGAACAGGAGAAAGCGUACCUCUUUCAGCUGCAGAUUGAGGAAAUCAGCAGGAAGCUACGUACUGGAGACCUUGGAAUUCCACUUAAUCCAGAGGAAAGAUCUCCAUCUCCAGAACCCAUAUAUAGUAGCGAUGGUAAACGGUUGAAUACAAGAGAAUAUCGAACUAGACGUAAAUUGGAGGAAGAACGUCACAAUCUUAUUCAGAAGAUUCUUAAAAUUAAUCCAGAAUUCAAACCUCCACCAGAUUAUAAGCCACCAAUAAUACGAGUACAUGAUAAAGUAAUGAUUCCUCAAGAAGAACAUCCAGAUAUUAAUUUUGUAGGCCUUUUAAUUGGUCCACGUGGGAAUACAUUGAAAUCAAUGGAAAAGGAAACUGGAGCAAAAAUAAUAAUUCGCGGUAAAGGUUCUGUAAAAGAAGGAAAAGUUGGAAGGAAAGAUGGACAACCUUUACCUGGUGAAGAUGAACCUUUGCAUGCAUAUAUUACUGCUAACAAUUUGGAUGCCGUAAAGAAGGCUGUAGAAAGAAUUCACGAAAUUAUACGACAAGGUGUUGAAGUACCCGAAGGACAAAACGAUUUACGACGCAAUCAACUUAGGGAAUUGGCUUUAUUGAAUGGAACAUUACGCGAAAAUGAUGGACCACGUUGUACUAAUUGCGGUGCAUCUGAUCAUAAAUCAUGGCUGUGUCCAGAUAAACCCAACGUAACAAAUAAUAUAGUAUGCUCGAGUUGCGGUGGAGCAGGCCAUAUUGCACGCGAUUGUAGAUCUAAGAGACCCGGGCAGGGUGGACCCGCUGCCGCAGGUAUGGGAGGAAUGGGACCAGGUGGAGAUAAAGCCAAAAUAGACGAAGAAUAUAUGUCCCUUAUGGCAGAAUUGGGUGAAGGUCCGCCACCUGAUCGAUCUAAAACCGGACAACCGCGUCAACCAAAUCCAAAUCCCAAUUAUCCUGGUCUUUUUGAUAGACAACAAGCACCUCGUGCUUUAAUGGCAGCACCUGCACAUCCACCGCCACAAAUGAUGCAAGGUGGUCCAAUGAUGCCUCCACCAGGAAUGGCUCCGCCACCAUGGAGUCAAGGAGAAGUGAACAACAUGAAUGGAAUGAACAUGCAGUGGCAACCUCCAGUUAGUAUGCCUCCGCCACCUGGUGUGAUGCAACCACCUCCUCCGCCGCCUGGCUCUACAUCUCAACCAAAUAUUCCACCACUGAUGCCUUGGAUGGCUGGAAAUAAUCAACCACCGCCACCAGGACAAAUGCCACCGACACAAAUUCCACCACCUGGAAUGGGUAUACCGCCAUGGCAGCAAGGUCAACAAGGGCCAAUGCGUCCACCUCCACCGGGAACUGCUCCACCACCAGGAUUUCCAGGAUGGCAACCGCAACAGAUGGGUGGAUGGCCGCCAGCAGCUCCUGUUCCUCCGCCACCUCAACAACAAACGCCAGCUCCUCCUGGCAUUGAUCUCAAUACUUUACCUACAUUAUUGGCACAACCACCUCCACCACCGCCACCAACUAGUUAGUGCAAAGAAUCGUCAAUUUGUUUAAUCAGAUCUUUAUUCGUACAAUAGAGGGAUAUUAUCGGUCGUGUCAGUAAAUAGAUUAUAAUAUUGGACUGAAGACAGUUAAUUUAGUUGGAAUGAUUCGCGAUUUUAAUUAGUCCGUUCGUCAUCCAUGAUUUUGUUUUCUGUAAGUGGGGAAGUAUGUGUUAGUUAGAUGAAUAUUUUUCAAUCCACUCAUUCAACAAAUAUGUAAUGUUUAUAAUGAAAUGUCUUAGGUUUGCGAUAUAUUUUCGGAGCUUUGAGUACGUAUUAUAUUUGACAUACGAAAAAUCAAUUAAAUUUUGGUUACCAUUAUCUUUCGAACUUAUUCUAUGUAUCUAAAGUUGUCUUUACAAGUGUAAAUGUAAGUGAUAUGCCAAACACAUUUUUAUAACGUUACUUUCAGCACUUCACAAUUUUUACGUAUAUGUUUCUGUAAACGUAAUAUACAUUAUAAACAAGUUUACUUGUACUUUUAGUAGUAUGCAUAAUAUGUAUUAUGUAUACCGUAGUAACUUUGUUGCUCUGUACAAGUGUUAAUCAAUUUUUGCUUCAUUAUAUUGUCUAGUAUUAAAACGAGCAUUAUGCUUAUAAAAGUUUCGAAAGCAGAAUCAUGUUUUGCAAGAUCCUACAACAUUUUAAUGUUGCUAAGGUAUCGUGACUUCCGUGAAUAAUUUUACAUUAUUUCGCCAAUAUUCAACGAAUGUAACUUGCGAUCGAAUAUUAGAUGAUAUAAUGAAACAUCAGAAUUGUUGCUUGCAUAAGCAAUGAAAUUUAUCAAUUUUAAAUAUCUUACGUUAUUUAAAUGUUAGCUAUAAUUUCUCUAAAAACAGAUGUCUUUAUUUUGCUUCACAACACAUCUUCAUUGGUCACCGGAAUAUAAUACUGCAAACGUCCAAGCGCAAUAAUUUCGUAUCACUGAUUUACUAGUAAGAAAUAAAUUUGUCGAGAUCUUAAAUUAUACGAAACCUUCGCUUUAUAUAUAAAAUAAUAUUAGUUAUGUUUAGGACGCAAAAUGAUAGUUUGUGAAACUUCAUUAUAGCUUAAUGUGUAUGGUAAUUACACAAUAAAGAUAUAUCAUAUUAAAAAAUAUA